AUGAAAAAUCCAGAAGGAAAUAAUCACUCUGACCCUGUGAGUGAAUUCAUUCUUCUUGGAUUCCCUUGCACCUGGGAGGUUCAGAUCUUCCUCUUCUCACUCUUCUCUGUGAUCUAUGUGUUGACACUAACUGGAAAUUUGUGCAUUAUCAGUGCAGUGUGGUGGGACCACCAUCUCCACACCCCCAUGUACAUCCUGCUGGCCAAUUUCUCCUUCCUGGAGAUGUGGUAUGUCACUUCUACAGUCCCCAAUAUGCUAGCCAACUUCCUCUCUGAGACCAAGACCAUCUCCUUCUCUGGCUGCUUCCUCCAGUUCUACUUCUUCUUCUCCAUGGGCACCACUGAGACCUUCAUAUUAUCUGCCAUGGCCUUUGACAGGUACCUUGCCAUCUGCAGGCCCCUUCACUACCCCACUGUCAUGACACUGCAACGAUGCAUCAGAUUAGGAGCCUGCUGCUGGCUCCGUCUCUGCAUCAACUUGGUUGGCCUCUGCUGGGUUACAGCCUUCCUCUGCUAUCCAGUCCCUAUCUAUUUCAUCACUCAACUCCCCUUUUGUGGCCCCAAUACCAUUGACCAUUUUGUCUGUGACCCUGGUCCCCUUCUGGCCCUGUCCUGCAUCCCUGCCCCUGGAAUUGAGCUUUCCUGUUCUAUAUUGAGCUCUCUUAUUAUCUUUAGCACCUUCUUUUUCAUUCUUGGGUCUUACACCCUGGUUCUCAGAGCAGUGUUGCCUGUGCUUAGGGUUCCUUCUUCAUCUGGGCGGCAAAAGGCCUUCUCUACCUGUGGAUCCCACUUAAUUGUUGUAUCUCUGUUCUAUGGAACCAUUAUGGUGAUGUAUGUGAGCCCCACAUCUGGCAACUCAGUUUCUAUGCAUAAAAUCAUCACACUGAUAUACUCUGUAGUGACACCAGUCUUAAAUCCCCUCAUCUACAGCCUACGCAAUAGGGACAUGAAAUUUGCCCUCCAUCAGGUCCUCUGUGGAAUGAGAAUUAUGCAAACUUCAUGA